CAGCGCUGGGGGGCGCAUGGCGGCGGGCAGCAUCACCACACUGCCCGCGCUGCCCGACGACGGCGGCGGCGGCACCUUCCCGCCGGGCCACUUCAAGGAGCCCAAGCGGCUGUACUGCAAGAACGGCGGCUUCUUCCUGCGCAUCAACCCCGACGGCAGGGUGGACGGCGUCCGCGAGAAGAGCGACCCGCACAUCAAAUUACAACUGCAAGCAGAAGAAAGAGGAGUGGUAUCAAUCAAAGGUGUAUGUGCAAAUCGCUUCCUUGCCAUGAAGGAAGACGGCAGAUUAUUGGGACUGAAAUGUGUAACAGAAGAAUGUUUCUUUUUUGAGCGCUUGGAAUCCAACAACUACAACACUUACCGGUCACGGAAAUAUUCUGAUUGGUAUGUGGCACUGAAAAGAACUGGGCAAUACAAACUCGGAUCUAAAACUGGACCAGGACAGAAAGCUAUCCUUUUUCUUCCCAUGUCUGCUAAGAGCUGAUUUCAAUGGCAGAUUGCAAAGUUUAUGCCAGAACACAGUAAAGAUGUUGAUUUCCGCAUUACUUCUGAAAGUAGAAAAAUGUGAUCAAGUAUUUGCUGAAAAAUUAUCUACUUUUGCAAAUAUUUGACUAUACUAAAUAAACAUUUAUAUAAUGUAACCUUUAAAUUACUGUAUGUUCUGAAACUAUUGUGCCAUAUGUGUUGGGGGGAAGCAUCUAGAAAAUGCAUAGAAAUUUCAAGUUUGGCAUUAUGUCUGUUUUCCACCUGAUAUCUAAUUAGAGCUACUAUAUUUGCCUUAUAUUAGCUUUACAGUGUAAAGGAAAAU